CGACACGCGAGACCCCAUCAACAACACCCGGUCAUACUAACGGAACAGUCAAAAUGGUACGUGGACGCUCUCGAUUUUUGGAGGAUGCCCGGCACACGCAUUGCGAAAAAAGGAGGAAGGGAGUGGUGGAGAGGUUGUGCAAUUGCUUGCAUCCCUCCGCCAGGCGUGUCGCAAAUUUGCUGUCUCAGCAUGUUGAAUUGAAGAAGCACUGCUAACAUGCCACCACAGUCUCAGUCCAAGGUCAAGACCGCCCAGCUCUGGAACAAGUCCAAGGAUGAGCUUGCGACUCAGCUCGCCGACCUCAAGUCGGAGUUGAUCUCGCUCAGGACUGCCAAGGUUGCCGGAGGUUCCUCCACUAAGCUCACCCGCAUCCAUGACGUCCGCAAGGGUAUCGCUAAGGUCCUUACCGUCAUCAACGCCAACCAGCGCGCCCAGCUGAGGCUCUUCUACAAGGGCAAGAAGUACCUUCCCCUCGACCUCCGAUCCAAGCAGACCCGUGCCAUCCGCCGAAGGCUCACCAAGCACGAGUCGUCGCUCGUCACCGAGAAGCAGAAGAAGAAGAACAUCCACUUCCCUCAGCGCAAGUAUGCCGUCAAGGCAUAAGUGUGCUUCAGCGGUGGUGUUUUCCUUUCUUCAUUUGUCUAUCACGAAGCAUUGCAUUGCCGGGGCUUUUCCAGCUAGCGACACACCAAUGUACCUUUAGUCACCAUCUACCAGGGGCAAGGGAGGUGAUGUGGCAGGUCAGGGAUGGACGGAGCGAUCUUCAACGGGAAUGGGGGCGUCCAUGUCAAGAUCAAUAUGAAUCAAAAAGUUCAGACAAUGAAUGGAAUGGUCUGUGACGAAGUAUGACAGAACUGAAUCGAUGGUAUACCCGGAAUGUUCAAAAGCCGUUCAUUUGCAAUCCGCACAUGGUGAACACCUUGUACACCCAACUAAUCACUCGAAACCGUGAUCAUGACUGCGACCAAAACGCCAACGCGUAAGCUAGAUUCAUAUCG